AUGGCUGCAACAAGUGGUAGCAAAACAAAAAAUAUGAUAGAGUAUGUAAGAGAUGAAUCAUUUAAAUUGUUUAAAAAGAACCAUAAUCUAUACAAUGAUGAGUUUGAGGAAAUGAGAAAGUCUCCCUCUGCUGAAGACAAAAACUGGAUUCACGAGCUAUCCGCCGUCGCAAAUGCAGUUGUUCGUCGUUGUUGCAAAGUUCUUGAUGUUUCUCCGGAUCAGCUUCGUGAAAACUUUGAGAAGGAGGCUUCUGAUGUAACCAAAAAUCCGUCACGAUAUGCCCGGAAUUUUCUGGAGUAUACAUGUUUUAGGACUCUUGUGCAAUCUACGCAAGUUAGUGGUUACAUGGAAGACAAAAGGUUUCGAAGAUUAACGUUUGAUAUGAUGCUUGCUUGGGAAGUUGCAGAUGCUGCCAGUCAGCCUGAAACAGAUAUAGAUGAGGAUGCAACAGUGGGGGCAGAGGCCUUCUCCCGGAUAGCCCCAGCAGUGCCUAUUAUAGCGAAUGUGAUAAUUGGUAAUUAUAUCUUUGAGUUUCUUACAGCAUCCACUGGAGGGCGACUUCAGUUUUCUACCUAUGAGAAGUAUCUUACCGGAUUGGAAAGGGCUAUUAAAAAACUUAAAUCUCAGUCAGAGUCGUCUUUACUUUCAUCCGAACGAAGUACAAGAGGGGAAAGGAUUUUGGAAGUGGAGGGUACUGUCACCACACAACCAGUCCUUCAACAUCUUGGCAUCUCAACUUGGCCGGGUCGGUUAACUCUGACAGACCAUGCUUUAUACUUUGAAGCACUUCGUGUCGUAUCAUAUGAUACGCCAACAGUUUAUGAGUUGGCAGAUGACUUGAAGCAGAUUGUCAAGGCUGAGUUGACUGGCCCAUGGGGGACGAGACUUUUUGACAAGGCCGUGUUGUACAAGUCGAGCUCCUUAUCAGAACAGGUUAUUAUGGAGCUUCCCGAGCUCAAAGGGCAUACAAGGCGUGACUACUGGCUAGCCAUUGUGCGUGAAGUUUUAUACGCUCACAGAUUUAUUCAAAAGUUCCGUCUUACAGGAGCUGAACGAGAUGAAGCACUACUAAAAGCAAUAUUUGGAAUUUUAAGAAUACAAGCUCUCGGUUACAUGAGUUCCACAAUCCCACUGUGCUACGAGGCAGGGCUUAUGUUCAAUGUCUGUGAUCAACUACCAGGUGGUGACCGGAUAUUGGAAACAGUUGCUACCAUGUUGACUUCCAAAGGUGCAGAAAGAAGUAGCAGUGCUAAGUCAAGCGACAUAAUGAAUUCAAUAUCAGCUAGCACCAUGGCUUCAAGCCUUGGGUCUGUCUUUGGCUCGGGUCUUGAUCAGUCACCGAUUACUGUUGGUGAGAUCACUGUCGGAGAAAUGACUCCAUUAGAGAAAGCUGUAGAUGAAUCCAGAAGCAGUUACAAGAUGGUUGCAGAUGCCCAAGCAACGGUUGACGGUGCUAAAGUUGAAGGCCUUGACACCAAUUUAGCCGUACUUAAGGAGUUGUUUUUUCCUGUAAUUGAAGUAGGGAAUCAUCUUCUUGCACUAUUGUACUGGGAUGAGCCUACAAAGUCUAUUGCAUUCUGUUUAAUAUUCUCCUUCAUCAUUUACUGCGGAUGGAUGCCUUAUGUCUUUUCUUUGUUGCUCAUUUACUGUGCAAGCAGUAUGAUGCUUGCACGAUAUUCUAAUGGAAAAAAGCCAGUUGAUGUACUCAAGGUCACAGUGCCCCCACCAAUGAACAAAAUGGAGCAGCUCUUGGCUGUUCAGAAUGCAAUUUCUCAAGCUGAGGAGAUUGUCCAAGAGGGAAACGUCGUUCUUCUGAAGAUACGUGGCUUGCUGCUAUCCAUAUUUCCACAGGCAAGUAAUAAAUUUGCAGCUGCGCUUGCAGCAUUCGCUUUGUUUAUGAUCAUUGUACCUUUUAGAUACGUGGCUAUAUCUGUUUUCUUGGAAGAAUUCACAAAGUACUCGCCUAUGAGAAGGGCACAAACAGAAAGAUGGAUGCGGAGAAUGAAAGAGUGGUGGUUUAGUAUACCAGCAGCUCCCGUUGUACUUGAAAGAGCUCAAGAAGACAAGAAGAAGAAGUAA